AUGCCAAGUCACCAGCAUUCUACACAAAACCAACAACCACAUCAUCGUCAACAACAAUAUGCUCGUCGUCAUCAUCGACGUGAACGGAAAGUUCCACAAGUGAUUGAAAUUUCCAAAGAUAUGGCAACAUCGAAAAUUCAAGUUUGGAUCACAUCCAAUGGCUGGUCAUCCAUCAAUAUGGAACGUUCAACAAACAAAAGUCGACAAAAUCGAAACGAUCGUCGUCAACAACCAACACCACCACAAAAACAACAACAACAACAACAACCACUCUACCAAAAACGAAUUGUUGUGCCCAUAAGAGGCGUUUCGGUGACGUUUUGCGUCACUUCAACAAGCCCGAUGGUGGUUCAAGUAGUGUCGCCGGUACCGGUGAAGAAUACACCGAUACCUGGUGGUGUUCGUGGUCGGCUUCAACUUGCCGACAGUGUUGGUGGUGGUGUUAGUGGUGGCAGCACGGUGGAAUUAAUUGACGAAUUUGAUGGAUUAUAA